AUGAGCGAUGUUUCGGCGCCCGGGAUUAAUGCCCCGGCACUACAGAAUCCCCGCGUCGCACGACCUACCGUGACCCGCACAAAUCUCAACCCAUUGAGCAGAGCUGUGGCCGCAUUUAAGCGGGAUUUACACUGUGCCCAAUUAGCCUCGACAAACGCGCGGUGUUUGUGCGCCGUGUUAAUGCCGGACAUUACACGGGAGUCGGCGGAGUCAAUGGCCCGUUCAGCGGCGGAGGCGCUUGACGAAAUUAUCGCCGAAUUGAUGCCCCGAUGUCUGAAACGCUUCAAGCGC